AUGCCAAUAACAAGUUUAGUAGAAGUCGUCUCGGAUAGAACAGAUGUACAUAUUUCGCCGGAACGAGUUCUACUCGAUGUUCCACAAGGUUUACGCCAUACCAUGGCAAUAAUAAUUUUGGUCAUUUGUCAUUUACAUGGUGACGCGUUUAUAUUAGGCAUAACUCAACUUUUAAUUUCUGUGAUUAGUAGUUAUAUCCAAAUGGGAUUUACGAAUAAGUUUCAUGUUCCAGCUCAAAAAAGUUCAACUGUUAUGAAGAAUUUAUAUCGUGAUAUGUUGUUUAUUGGUGCAUUUCGAUCUGCGACUGUCAUUUUCGGAUUGUUUGCGAUGAAAUAUAUAGCAGUAUCAUUUCUCGCCACGAUCAAAUCGUCUUCUCCAUUAUUUACGGUUGUUAUCAGCCGAAUUUUACUUGGAGAAAGAACAAGUUAUGGAACAAAGGUGUCGAUGAUUCCAAUUACAACUGGUCUCUGUUUAUGCAGUUCAUUCGAACUGAGUUUUGACAUGUUCGGAUUUUUAUGCGCACUAGGUACAAACAUUUUCGAUUGUUUACAAAACGUCUAUUCGAAAUUGUUGCUCAGCGGCGAAAAAUAUCGUUACACAGCCAUUGAAUUGCAACUAUGGACUAGUCUUGUCGCAUGCGUUUUUCAACUACCUUUGUUAUACUAUUACGUCGAUUUGCCGUCCGUAAUCAAUUCGACGUCAAAUGAUCUGAUGAUUCUCUAUGCUUUCAAUGGAUUGUUUUAUCAUAUGCAAUCCGUAUGCGCGUUUGCUCUUAUGGCGUAUAUAUCACCGAUAACACAUAGUGUGGUCAAUACGGUGAAACGUGGAUUGUUGAUUUGGUUGUCGAUCUUGCUCUUUGGCAAUCCAAUUACAUUCUUAAGUGGUUUUGGGACAAUAUUGGUUAUCAUUGGAGUUAUUUUAUAUAAUGAAGGACGGAAUGACGAGGGCAAAAGUGGAAAUUAUCUAACGGACACAACCAAGCUGAUUACAUGGCGUGAUAUUUGA